AUUACGUUAGUUGUAUGGCAAGGCAAACGGAAUACAGACAAUUGUGUCAAGUGUUAUAGUCCUGAUGUAGUACAAUAGUAAUACAGCGAAUUGUAAUAAUGUUUAAGACAGUAUACAUGUAUUAGCAGACUGUAAAAGCACAAGCCGGUUACCCGCCAUGUUACAAUGUCAAACACUGGUGUCAGUUUUAUGUUUUUGUAUAUCAACUUAUUCACUUCUUGGGUUGUCCCUUCAAUCCGAAGAGGAAAACAGAGUUGAGAUUCUAAGAAUCUCUGGGAAGAGUGAUCUCAAGUUCUGUGAAAACGCCACAUUAGAAUGUGAAGUUCGACCCAUUGAGGCCUCUGUGUGGUGGACGAUCAGAGGCGAAAACAUCACAGAAAAUGACAGAUUCAAAGUGGUUGCCAGGGAUUCAGGGGACACUAUGAUAAGUGUCUUGAUAAUGACAUGUGCGACUCUGGAUGACAUUGGCAACUAUUCUUGUCACGCUUCUCCUUCUGAUUGGACAGACGACCAAGUUUCUCAAACAUUUCCCAUUGACAUUACAAUCCCUGGUCAAGUAGUCUCCACCCAGGAUGUUCGAGAGAAGCUGGGAAGCAGUGGCAACCUGAGCUGUACCUUCUCAGGAUAUCCUUUGUACCAGUUGGAGUGGCGGAAGGACAAUCACUCUAUCCCAGAGUCCAGGUGGGAGAUUGUGUACAGCAAUGUUACGUGUCUUCAGACAGUUCUGCCCCUGAGUAAACUCGCCUCGUCUGACAACGGAACAUAUCACUGUUCCGCCCUUAGUGCUCAGGGCCCAGUCUCUGCUCCUGUCCAUGUCUUUGUCUUAGAUGUACCCCAUGUCACAAUAGAAAUAGUAAAAGUAGUUGGUGCCCAUAAAAUAUUUCUUAACUGGACAGUAAAUGAUGGAAAUUCACCCAUUAAAGAGUACAACAUUAUGUUUAUGAAAAAUGGCACAAAUGAAUGGACGUUCACUCGGGAACGAGUGAAAGUGACUAAUACAAGCUACGUCAUAAAAAACCUCGAAGCUGACACAAGCUAUAAAGUCAAGAUCAAUGCCGUCAAUGCCAACGGUCCAAGCAAGGACUAUACUUAUCAGGAUUAUGUACAUACUUUGAAAAAAGAUCCAGACAUAGUACCCAUCCUGAAAUUCAAAGCGGGAGGAGCUGACUUUAUAAACGUGGGAUGGGAGGUCCCUACAGAAGACGAAGACCAUGUCCACCUUCUAGAACUGGAGUUGACCCACAACACUACCAGACUAAAGAGCAUUAGCAUGCAGUCCCUGGCUACUGACAACAAGAAUAUGCUGUUUGGAAAACUGGCAUCAGCCACCACUUACCUUAUACGGGGAAGAGCCUGCAGUGAAUAUACAUCCCAGUGUGGCAAUUGGUCUGAAUACAUCAAUGGAACUACUAUUGAUGGAGAAUCGGGACCACCGGAGAAUGUAACUGUUGUCUGCAGAUUUGACAAUAUGACAAGAUCCCCGUUUGUUUUGGUUUCUUGGGCCCCACCUUCUCAACCUAACGGCAAAAUUGUUUAUUAUAAUGUUGUUUUAGAAGGCUCUGCGAAAUUUAAAAAUGAGAAAGGUGUUGAUGAUCACGUCACUUGGGGUCCAAAAGCAAAAAAUGUUGAUGAAAAAUCCCACUCUGCUCGCUUUGACAUGGUCCCACCUAAUACAAACUACACAGUAAAGGUGGCGGGGGUGACACGCAGUAGAGGUGGGGGUAAGAAGGCAGAGCAGCACUGCCAGAUGCCUCCCACCACUCCUGACAAAGAGAAGCUACGAACCAUCAGCUGGGGCAAAGUGGAGGAGCAAGGACGUUGGAUGGUCAAGUUGUUUAUGCCCAAGGUGUCGGAGAGAAAUGGACGAAUCUGCUGUUUCCGAGUGUUUGUGACAAAGUUGGAGCUCCACCAGAGUGUAGCAGACCUACCUCCUCCUCAGGACUCUAAUGUGCUCAGUUACCAAGAGGUCCACUACGGCAAACACGGAGGAACCUACCUGGCUGAUAUGUUCGAGAGCGAUGCCCUGAUCAAUGACAUAUUCCUGGGUGACGGUCACACUGUGGCUUCCCCCUCCAACAGUUCCACUUGUAGACAAUGUGUGGGGCUUAGACCUCGUCCUGCCACCACCACAGUCACUCCCCCAACCACCACUACUCUCCAGGUUCUUGCGGAAAUACCCUCUCUCAAACAGCGUAGAUCCCUCACUACCCCUACUCCUGCCCCCUCAUUUGAUGUCUACGCCCAACUAUACGAUGGCCAACUCGACACCAACAGCAACUACACUGGUUUUGUAGAAGUCAUUGUAUUUGGAGGAGAGCAAGUGCUAAUCCCAGCUUAUACAAGCUAUUUUGAAACCCUUCAGCCUGGACCACAAGUGUUGCAUGCUGCAGAGUCCUCUCAGUUUCUCACCAUCAUACUAGAGGUGAUGAUUGUGCUGAUUCUCAUUGUCCUGAUCCUGCUAGUGUCACUGUGUUUGCUGCAGAGAUACACCAAACAGGUUGCUGAGGCUCAAGGUGUAGAAAUAUCUCUCCGCAACUCUCUCAGAUCUCUACGAGGAAGUCAUUUGCCAGUGUCGUCCAGUCCCCCAGACAUGGCUCCCAUCCCAGCCAGUCAGCUACCGGCAGCCUAUCUGGAGCGACACAGAGACUCUGACUACGGAUUCCAACAUGAGUUUGAGCUGCUUCCAGAUGGGUUUCCUGACCGUACAACUCGGGCUUCUGAGGCCCGAGAAAAUAUCUACAAGAACCGGUAUCCAGACAUCAAAGCCUAUGAUCAGACUAGAGUGCGACUGGCACAGAUCGAUAGCAUUGCCGGAUCUGAUUAUGUCAAUGCAAAUUUUGUCAUUGGUUACAAAGAACGAAAAAAGUUUAUUUGUGCUCAAGGCCCCAUGGAUAACACUGUUUGUGACUUUUGGAGAAUGAUCUGGGAACAACACUUAGAACUGAUUCUGAUGUUGACAAAUUUAGAGGAAUAUAGUAAAACAAAAUGUGCCAAGUAUUGGGCUGACAAAACUGAGGGAGAAAAGACAUAUGGUGAUAUCAGUAUUAGCCAUGUGCAGGAGAAAAGAUACUCAGAUUAUAUUAUAAGAGAAUUAAAAAUGACAAGGACGUCUGGUGGAAGUAAAGAAAGAGAAAACAGAAGUAUAGUGCAGUAUCAUUUCUUGGUGUGGAAAGACUUCCAAGCGCCUGAACACCCUUCAGGAAUAUUAAAGUUCAUCAGACGAGUAAACGAAGCAUAUUCCUUAGAGAAGGGCCCUAUCCUAGUCCAUUGCAGUGCUGGAGUCGGGAGGACUGGAACUCUCGUGGCUCUAGACUCGCUACUCCAGCAGUUGGAAGCUGAAGGCCAAGUUGCCAUAUUCAACACAGUGUGUGACCUCAGGCAUCAACGCAACUUUCUAGUCCAAUCAUUGAAACAAUAUAUUUUUGUAUAUCGAGCUCUUCAAGAGGUAGCCCAGUUUGGAACUACAGAAAUCAAAGCCUCUAAAUUAAAAUGUACUCUCGAAAGAUUAAGACAAGUUGAAAACGGGAAAGAAAAAUCAAAAAUGGAAGAAGAGUUUGAGAAAAUGAGUCAAGUGGUAGAAGAGAGAAAGUCUCACAGUGUAGGUGGUGGGGAGGAGAAUUCAGUGAAAAACCGCAGUGAAUUUGUCAUUCCUUACGAUAGAAACAGAGUCAUCCUGACCCCAGUGCCAGCUCGGGAACACUCCACGUACAUCAAUGCUUCUUUUAUUGAGGGCUAUGAUAACUCGGAAUCCUUCAUCAUCACCCAAGAUCCAAUCAUGGAGGUGACUGUAGCCGAUUUCUGGAGGAUGGUUUCCGAGCAAGGAAUAAGCACACUAGUCAUGCUUUCUGAUCUGGGAGACGGGCCUCGUAAAUGCCCUCGCUAUUGGCCUGACGACGAGAUUGCCCACGACCACAUCAGAGUCAAGUACAUCCAGAGUGAGAGUUGCCCCUACUACACCCGACGAGAACUCUGUGUUACCAACAUCAAGACUGAUGAGAAACAACUUGUGACCCAAUACCAGUACAACGGUUGGCCUACAGUGGAAGGUGAAGUACCUGAGGUCACCAGGGGGCUGAUAGAACUAGUUGACCAGACACAGGCGUCCGCCACUGCCACUGCCACAGCCAUCCUGGUCCAUUGUCAUUGUGGGUCCGACAGAAGCUCCAUGUUUGUAGCACUCAGCAUUCUUGUGCAGCAACUGCGAACUGAGCGCCGCGUCGAUAUCUGCACUACUGUGCGCAAACUACGCGCUCAAAGACAAGGAAUGAUCCAAACAUUUGCUCAGUAUGAAUUUCUCCACCGUGCCAUUGCCAACUAUGCAGAUCUUCAUCAACUUGUAUCGGAUGAAAUGGAUUAAACUUUUUAUCUAGAAAUACAUUGUGACUAUGUACAGCUUUUACCUUUUAAUGUGAAGACCAAAAUGUUUUAAUUUUUAACGGAAUUAUAGAUUUAAUUCAAUCACUAAGUGGAUUAUUUUAUUUUUAUCGUUUUAGUGUCUUAGGAUAAAAUCGUUUAAAAAUCUUUUUUAAAUCAUUGUUUGGGAUUUUAUUUUUUAAAUGAAUAGAUUAUCUUGAUCUAUGUAUAGGAUUAGCAUAUGGAUAUCAAAUUCUUUCUCUAUUGAUCUACUAUAAUUCAAAAGUUACCUAUUAUUUUACAUUCAAAUUUAAGAUCUAUGUUCAGUUAAAUGAAAACAGAGAAAUGAACAAAAUCUAUCGAAUUUGCCAUGAACUCGUACAUUGUUUAGAUCAUAUUAGUUAUAUUGAUAACAUACUCUUAUACAAUAUAACCAAAUUGUAUUCUGAUGUUUACUUUAAAUUGAAGUUUAACGUCUUCAGACUUUUUAAAUAUAAGAAGAUCACUGCCAAUUUAACAGUUAUAAUAACUGGAAAACACUCUUAGUGGCAUGAUUUGUUUUCAGAGACACUUUGUUUUCAGUUUCAUGAAAUAUUCAUCACUUAUUCUAUAUUCUGUUUAAUUAAGUCUAUUGUUUCAAAUUGUCAUUAAAUGUUUCAUUGAUUUUUAAAAAUAGUUAUUUGUGUAUUAAGAUUGCAAAGUAUGUCAUUGCUGCUGGAGAACUGGAGAUGGACGCACGAAGCUUAAUCUGAGUGUGGCCAUACAUUUCAAGAGUGACAAUGCCUGUUUGUGCUUAUUACACUGAUACACGCACACAAGAUUUUUCCUACCACCAUUAUUAACUUAUCAUAACUCAAAGAUGAAAUUUUAGUUUUAUAAAUGUAAUUUAGGUUAUGUUUUCUUUUCCUGUUGGAAGAGGUAGGUCCAUUACCAAAUGUCAGUGUUUUAUAGAAACACUAACGAGGAGUAAUGACUAAAGCGUAAAUGAGCUAUUUUGCGUGAUGUUUACAGGUGAGGCUAUGUGAUCAUUUGCAUGUGGUGGUAGGAAAAACAAUUGACUUAUGACUUAACUAUAUAAAUUGAAAUUUACAUCACCACACAUAGUAUUUGUUUUCAUUAUAGGAUUGUCAAGCAUACUAUUUGAUAUUGUGAUAUAUAUCUUUUAUACAAAAUGAGUUCCUGGCAAAAUUGUUCAAUCACUUGUUUACUGGAUAGGUUUUAUUCAGAAACCAAUUUUUGUAUGUUUGUGCUUUAUUGCAUGGAUCAUUAGGUAUUUUGUACAUUUUCACUGAUUAGCUUAAGCACAUUUUUAGGCUUCAACUGGAGUGAUAAAUUUUGUGGUGUAUUAAAGUGUACAGAUUAAAAUUAGAAAAUUAAAUUAAGUAUAUUUUUAAUAUCGUUCAAUAAGCUAUAUUUUAUGUUAUAAACUAUUUGUAUUUUAUACUUUUAAUAAGUAGCCGUGUUUUAGUAACUUUUAUUUUAUACUGAUCAUAAAAUGAGUAUUUAUUGUUUACUACAGUAUAGCAUCUUUCCUACAACCCAUAUACCUAACAUAUGAAGCUUUUACCCAUCUGAACCUCUGUUAACCAACUACUUCUUAGUUUUUACUUUUUAUUUAUCAUUACCUUAACAAAAUGAAACCUUAAUUGAAAUUGGAGUCACCUAAAACUGGAAAAAAAUCUUUACUUUAGUUUUAACAUUCAAUACACAAUUGUGAUUGAAUUUCAGUUGUUAUUAGUUUUUGUUAUUUUGAGGGAGGGCUCAGUUGGUUGUGUGGUUAGAAUGUGGGACCGUACUGUGUCCAAAUCCUGCCAAUCACCAAUGCUGUGACUCCACUCAAUGCUGUGAAUGGGGGAUGGGUCUCUUAGGCACAUUCUACCUGAGUGUGAAACCCGCAACAGGAUUCCCCCAUCAGGGCCACACGCUCCACAGGGACCAUUGCGUUAAAUUGGCGUGUCUACACAAGCGGAACUCACGACGCAGGUGGACGCGUCAGUAGGCGGGAGAGCGUAGUUGACGUCGAUGUCAGUGUCAAUCCCGCAUUGGGAAUCCCACCAGCCAUCCUACACAUAGUGUUAUCAUCGCGCAUGGCAGCUAAAUUCGCAUAAUAAUGUUCAGUUGCAUUAGAGUUGGUCCAACACAGUGCAGUGUGAUGUUCGAUCAUAAAUGAGUAUUAAAUUUGUUUUCAUCUGUUAUACAUUGUGUAUUCCUUUAGUCAAAAGAAUUUUGAUCUAAACUAUAAAAAUGAUCGGCCAGCUGGUGAGUUAGUAAUAGUGUAUUUUAUUUAUUAACCUAAUUUAUAAUAAAUAUGCAUUUCAUAAUGCAAAAGUAAAUACAAACAAAAAUCACGAUAUGACAACCAGAAUUUUUUCCAUAAAAUUAAUAUUGCAAUUUAUUUGUUGAAGAUAAGCGAUUUUGUAUGUAUCAAAGUUUAAGUAAGUUAUAUUUCUAGAUGGUGUGAAUAAACAAAAAUAAGAAUUACAGUCCAAAUUAAUAGCUAGAGUUGGACAACUAUGGCUAUAAAACCAAAAUCCACCGUGUCCUCCGUCUGAACCGCCUCGUGUAGAACGGUCCAACGGGUUUCAAACAGACUCCACGCGACAGGGAUCCCACCACUUGUAGUUUCCAAAAAAUUUCAAUCUUGUUGAGGUUUUCACGCUCGUGUAGAAUGGGCCUUAAGGAGCACUUUAUCUCUGUUGGAGAAAAAUCGCAAUAAAAAGUAUGCUUUUAACAUGCAUGGAGGAUCUAAUUUUUUCUAUUCGCUAUUUUAAGUUAUAUCAUUAUCAUAGCAUAAACUUCAUUAUUUAAGAUAAAUUUGUCAUAUCCCCUGUUUUUUUAUUUGUAAAGAAAAUGUUUCUCAAUUUAAAUUGAUAAAGCAAUCAGCCAGAUAAAAUAUUUUAACAUUCUAUGGAAUACACUUUCUAUUCUUUAAUCGUUUAUUCCCUAUAGAAAGGUUAGAAUCCAACUCAACACUAAAGAAGACAAAAGAGAUCUCUAUGAAAGUGAACGUUUUUCCAGAGAUUUGUUAACAGAGGUUUAUAUGUCCCUAUGUGUCCUGAUUUUACAUUCCAGUCAAUGUAUCGCACAUGUUGUGAGUCAUUACUUAUCGUAAGUGUUAUAACCUGCAUUAUUUUCUAGUAGAUGCAUAUUAUUGUUUUGUAUUAAUUUACAGUAUGAUUAGAAAUAGAUACAUUGUAUGAACUCUUUGUUCAAUGAUCUUAUGGAAAACCAUGCUUGCAAGUUCAAACUCGAUGACUUUAAUUACGCAUCUGGUGUUUUACUUUCCGUUUUGCGAUUCAAGGCUUCUUUUUAAUGAUGUUAUUACUUGCUGUUAUUAUGAUGUACUUGAAUAAAUUGGCGUGGUUUGGUUUAAAUGUUCCUCUUGUUGGGAAAAUCGAUUCAAUAAUCAAUAAUGUUUAAACUUAUGUUAUUGAGAUUAUCAUCACGAAACUAUCUUAUGUACCAAUUUUCUUCUCUAAUCUAUUUUAAAGACAAUAUUUACUAUGGAUGUAAACUGAACACUUUUUCUUACUUAACCCUCAAAUCUCAAGAUAGUUCAAGGAUGGGGAGCAGGUAAACAGGGACAGCUUAAGGAGCAAAGUCACCAAGUCCGCUCAUGGUUUAAAAUUACAAAUAAUACUACAGUAACACCAUUACAGUAAUCAGUAUUGCUAUUUGAAGACGAACCGAGCUAAGAAACUGUCCAGUGAUUGUCGUCUAUUACUAGUCAAGCUAAAACAACUCAGUACAAGACGAUCUCUUGGGUCAUAUUUUAUAACUGUCUCUUACAAAGAUAACCUAAAACAUUUUGAGGGUUAGGUUGGAAUGAAGCUAUGGUUUUGUUAGACUGUAUUUUCCAUAGGGUAUUUUGAUCAGUUAGUUUUAAGUGUCAUAAUUAUGUUUAUUUUUAGUUACAUCCAGGUCUGACUUACUGCUAUGGUAGGCCUAGUGUAUUCCUAUGAUUGUCAGAGGCGAGUCCUGCUGUAUUUGUACUGUGUGAUAGUCCGUGUUAUAUAAAUCACAGUGAGAUGUUGGACGCAAUUGUUUUAACAAAGACUGAAUUUUAAUUUCUUUCCUUCUAUAGCUUUUGUGCUACUCCAGUUCAAUGAGACGAGUAUAGCAGAUUAUUAAAUUUAACUUAAACGUAUACCGGUAGUAACUGUCUCUAAAUGAAUGUACACCGACUUGUUAAAUCCUCUGAAAUAACUUAUUCUAAGUAAUUUAUUGCAAUAGAUGUAUGCUGUUUAUGUAAUCAUUAAUCAAUGUAUGUUUUGAUUCUGGACUCAUAUGGCAUUUGUCUUUGGGAUGUCAAUCAAUGAUGUUAUCUAACACAAAUCCAACAUUAAAUAGUUUAAAAAACA